UCGAAACGUCACAACACAACCUCUAAACUAAACUACCUCCUAUCAUCAGUGUUUAGGGUGUUCCACAUUUAAUUAAAUUGCAUAUAGUUAUAAAUUAGGUCCGCGAAUAUUAUUUGCCGGAUAGUAUUUGCAUUCAACUGCUUUGAUUAAACUCAAAUAUCCUUUUCAAUACAAAUCAGUUUUGUUAUUAAUAAUUUUGUUAGGGAGUGCCAGAUGAUUGUGUGAUUGCUAGGCCUACCUGGAACUGUUUUCUUGAAAAGAAUAUUUUUAUAGGCCUAGGUCAUUUAUUCCUCUUAAAAAGUUCUCUAAAAAGGUUAUGAAAUGUGUGCUAAAAUGGCAUUUCAGCACCAAGCCGGAACGGCUAUGGAAUGUCUCAGCAUUCCAAUCACUUUACAAAAGGAAGCUGGUGUCGAUCAUGAAGGCAGAGAAGUCUUAAAAUGUGGCUUCAAAAUUGGAGGUGGAAUAGACCAAGAUUACAGAAAAAGUCCACAAGGCUAUACAGAUAACGGUAUAUACGUAACAGAGGUACAUGAAGGGAGCCCAGCAUCAAAAUCUGGUUUGCGGAUGCACGAUAAAAUACUACAGUGUAACGGCUAUGAUUUUACUAUGGUGACUCAUAAAAAGGCAGUAGACUACAUCAAGAAACACCCGAUCCUAAAUUUGCUCGUGGCUAGAAAGGGCGUCACUUCCACAUAAAAUGUUCCUCGUCACCGUAUAUAUCGUACCUGCUUGUUGUAUAGGCAACCCAUACCAUUGCAUACCAAUAAGUCAUACAUGUUAAGUGUUCCAGGAUAAUAACCUUGUGGUGUACUGCAAUUUUAUCCCACCCAAUUUUGAAAUUUUAUCCAAUAUUAAAUAGCAUUUAUUAUAUUUGUACUUAUAUCAAACUGUAUAGAUGUACAUUUUUGAGUGGUUUCUUAUUCUAAAUAAGAUAGUGAGAGUUAAAAUCAAAAUAGGAUGUGUUAAAUUACAAUUAAUUAGUCUGUCAAAUAACUUUUUAAUUGGCCCAAGUCCUAUCGGUUAUACAACAAUGGGAUGUGAAAUUUAUAGCCACUACCUUAUUUCCCACUGGCAGAAAGAGUCUUACUAUUAACAGCCAGAUAUUAAAAUAUCGUUUAGCCUAAUAUACAUAUGUUUGCCAUAAUGUGAAUUGGGACUCAAUACUCUGAUAAUAGUGGAAACUUAAACUACUGCAUAUGCAACUACUUUUUUAACCUUCUACAGGUUUUUUUUUUUUUUUAAUCUUCUGCAAACAUUACUUCAGUGUAGCUGAAUUUUCAAAAAGAACUCCGCUGGUAAAGACAAAUGAAGUGAAAAAGUACUGCUCUUUAAUCCAAAUUUUGACUCGCCAAAACUUUGUGAUUAUCAACUUUGAUCUGGCUGUUAGAAUUCCACCUAAAGAUAUAUUUCCACCAAUUGAACAAAUAAUUGUGAUUCUCUGUGAUGAGGAUUCUUUCGGCACAAUUUUGAGUAAAAAUCACAAUCAGGAUUGCUUCAGUUACCAUCUGAGAUUUAUCUUUGCUUUUUUGAUGGCAGAAGCUCUAGAACUCAGCUGUCAAGUCCGAGUGAACUUUACGUUUUACAUCUUUACCCAAUUAUUUAUAAUAUAGUAUCCUCCAACAAGCUUCAUUUUAACUGUCAAACCCUACAUUAAAGUGUCAGUGGAAAUGAGUACAUUGCAUUUAUGUAGUUAUAAUUUUUAAUUUUUUACAUAUUAGCUUGUAUUUGUAACAAAACUAUAUGAUCUUUUAUGUUUGAAUGAGUAUCCUAUUUUUGAUAAUCAGUAACUAUGCCACUUUGUAAAAAUGCAUGUAGUAUUCAUGUUUUAAUGUGUACAUUUUAAAUUGUUGCUGUCUGUUCAUGCUACUGAAAAUAAGAAUUCAGAAUGGUUAAAACGGUUUUAAAUCCUGUAGACUCCUGAUUGAAAACCUAGUUGUAAAACUGUUUCUUGAUCAGUCAAGAACCCUUUUGCAUGUGAAACACAAUGUAAGAAAAUUUUAUUGUAAAAUUUAUUAUACUGUAACUGUGUGCAGGAAGUAAAUGAGAAAAAUAUUUUAACAAUUAUUGAUGGCAAACGCUUUAUUUAAGAACAAAUUGCAUAUUUUAUAGCUUAUAGACUAGAUGGAUCACAAUCUUAUUUACAUUUUUAUUGUACAUUGUUUUAUGUAAUAAAAUGUUUGAAUCAUUA